GUGUCUUCGUCAGUCUUCAUAUACCUAUCAUGGAGUCGUUAGCGUCCGUGCACAAUAUUCCCUCAAGCUGUCGGUCGUAGUCUGUAUUAUACGCGUUGAGAUUUCAAAAAAGUUGAUGACGCUUGUCCAGGGAGUGUUCGCUUGGCGCUAUAUUUUCAGUAUUAUUGUAAAUAAAGUGUUUGGUAAUUUGUGGCCUUAGAACGUUGAAGUGUUUUGUGUACGCCGAAGUGGUGACCUGGGAGUAGGCCUCGACAAAUAUAAUCGCGACGAUACUGCAGCAGAUAUUAUCGCAAGGAUGGCGUUACUACUGUUAAAUGUAUUUCGUGACUUUGUUCUAUAAUAUGUCUCGGGAUCUGAGUCUAAGAAGAAGAGACCUUGGUUUUAGAUAAACUUAUUUAAAUUAUUUCAUUUUCCAAACCAUCAAUAUGUCUGUCAAUGCUCAAUUCGCCAAUCCACCCCCGGUGAUAAGUUUACCGAACAUGUCGGUUCCACCACCCAUUGCAACGCCGAAUUUAUCUGCACCUCCUCCUAAUUUAACAACUAUAAAUACUACGACUGGAGGUUAUCAGCACAGAUUUGGUACUCAUAGAGAUGGAAAUCGUGGUUUUUUCAAACCAUUUCGACCUUAUCAUGCCCCGAAAGUUAUAGCUGGUGGUCAAGAUGCGUUACAAGAUGAAUUCGAUGGAAAGAGACUCAGGAAAUCUGUGAUGCGAAAGACGGUCGACUAUAAUGCUGCUAUUAUUAAAACCUUGGAGAAUCGGGUUUGGCAGCGAGACUACAGAGACAGAAGAGCUCUUCAGCCUGACGUUAUAUAUUAUCCUGACCUUCUGCCACCACCAAGCUAUGUUGAUAAUCCAAUCAACGCAGUGACAACAAAAUUUGUCAAAACAGCAACGAAUAAAAUGAGGUGUCCAAUAUUUUGCAUGGCUUGGACCCCCGAAGGAAGAAGGCUUGUCACUGGUGCAUCGAGUGGCGAAUUCACAUUAUGGAAUGGGCUUACUUUUAACUUUGAGACUAUUCUACAGGCUCAUGACAGCCCUGUACGUACAAUGGUUUGGUCCCACAACGAAAGCUGGAUGGUGACGGGCGACCACGCAGGCUACGUUAAGUACUGGCAGAGCAACAUGAACAACGUCAAGAUGUUUCAGGCGCACAAAGAGGCUAUUAGAGGACUCAGUUUCAGUCCUACGGAUCACAAGCUGGCCACUUGCAGUGAUGACGGAACCGUCAGAAUCUGGGACUUCCUGCGAUGUCACGAGGAACGAAUUCUCAGGGGUCACGGAGCGGAUGUAAAGUGCGUUCAUUGGCAUCCGCAGAAGAGUCUCGUUAUAUCUGGAAGUAAAGAUAAUCAGCAGCCAGUGAAGUUGUGGGACCCGAAAACUGGGCAAUCGCUAGCUACUCUACACGCGCACAAAUCAACGGUGAUGGAUGUGAAGUGGAAUGAGAAUGGAAACUGGUUGGUCACAGCAUCUCGAGAUCAUUUACUCAAGCUGUUUGAUCUGCGAAAUCUUAGUCAAGAAGUGCAAACCUUUAGGGGUCAUAAAAAAGAAGCUUCAAGUGUUGCUUGGCAUCCUAGUCAUGAAGGACUUUUCUGUAGCGGUGGUAGCGACGGGGCCAUACUCUUUUGGCACGUUGGCGCUGACAAAGAAGUUGGAGCGAUAGAGCAAGCGCACGACAGUAUAGUAUGGACCUUGGCGUGGCAUCCGCUUGGACACAUAUUAUGUUCUGGAAGCAACGAUCACACAUCAAAGUUCUGGACGAGAAAUAGACCAGGAGAUUUGAUGAGAGAUAAAUACAACCUGAACACUCUGCCUGCAGGAGCUGCAGGUGUUGAUGAUCAUGAAGUUGCUGACGACUCACCAGUCAUACCGGGUAUGGGACCUGAAGAUAGAAUUAAUGCUGACGGUGAAUCCGAAGAUAAAAGCGGCGGAAUCCCAGGUCUUGACUUAGAUCAUGCGAUUGACGAGGGAAAGAAAUAUGCCAAUAAGAAAGUUCCUUAUAGUAAACCGAUACCCAGAAAUUUCCAAGCACAGUGGAAUGAGAUGGAAGCUGAAGAUAUCGAACAAGUCGAGGCAUUGAAUGCCUUCGUCAAUCAGUUAAUCGAAACGACACCUGGGGCUGUACCUUUGAAUGAAGUUACACCCAAUGCUAUAAUUUUAUAUGGGAAAAUGAUUCCGGUUGAGCCAGAAUCAAAAUUAGCUGAGGCUAUUACCAAAGGAAACGAUGCCAUAAACAAAUUAGUAUUUUCCGGAGAGAUAGAGGAGCUUCGCGAAGUGAUCGGUUCUCCUGAAGAUGUGGAAGAAUCCGAAGAUUUCUUACAAGAUGAAGGUGAAAUUGAUUACUCCAAAGUUCCUGACAUCGAACUUCCUGCGCCGUUGCCCAGUUCCAAAUUUGCGCAGAAUCCAGAAUUACUGAAAACAUUAAACCGUGGUGGAAAGAGAAAGUUUGAUCAGUUAAUUGGUUGGAGUGACGGCGGUGCGAGCGACCGAACGUCUAAAAUACAUCAACCUGUCUUUGGGGCUUCACUGAACGAUGACUUGUCUAGUGACACAGAAUCGAGAUCUGGAAUGGCUAACAAUUCCGGCUGUGAAAGUAACUCUUUCGGAAUGGGUCUAGACGAAGACUUGAGACACUUGCCAAGUGACAUGCGAAGCAUGGGUAGAGAUGAAGAUUUACGAUUCGGUGGUAUGGGUGGUGGGUUGGGCAGGUCGAUGAUGGGUAGCGACAAGGACUUGAGAAGCAGUUCGAUGAACUUUGGCGAUAAAGAUUUCAGGCAAAUGUCCAUGCACAAUUUCGGAAUGGGAAAAUCAAACAUGGACAAUGAUAUGUUUGGGGAUAGGGACAGAGAAAGUAGAGACAGAUCAAGAUGGGACGACGAGCAGGGUGGUAGAAAUCUUAACGACAACUUCAACAUGGAUUUCCCUGGGAAUAACAAUUUUGACAAGCGAGACAACAUGCCGCCAAACAUGGGAAACAAUCACAACAUGCCGCACAUGGGCAACAUGGGUAACCAUCAUAACAUGCAAAAUAUCAAUCCGAACAUGAGUCAUCACAUGUCGAAUAUGGGACCCCAUCCGAACAUGCCACCACACAUGGGUAUGCCAAAUAAAAAUAAUCCAAAUAUGUCCUCGCAUCAAGGAAUGCAGAAUAUUGAUAAUCCAAUGCCACAUAUGAAUAACUCUAACAUGCCAAACAUGAUGCAUCACCCCAACAUGUCUAAUAUGCCACCUGGGUUUGGGCCAAAUGGAAUGCCUCCAGGCAAUUUUGGUCCCAAUUUCAGACCUCCCAAUGGAAACUUUGGGGGUAAUCAACACUUCAGACCCAAUCCUAUGGCGCCCUUCGCGCCAAAUUCUGGGCCACCCUUCAACAACUCGUUUAUGCAAAAUCAAGGCCCACCAAAUAUGCGUGGUCCCAAUGCCGGGAACCAAGGACCACCAAACUUUGAUCGCCAAGGUUUCGGUGGCCCAAAUUUCCGUGGCCCGAACCCUGGCAAUCAGGGACAAGGUGGAUAUGGUGGAUACGGUGGGCCAAACAAAAACGGACCUAUGCACAACAUGCAAGGAAGAUCCAGAGGUUCUAAUGAAAACAAUAUCGGACGUGGUGCUUACGGGAAUAGAGGCAGGGGUAGAGACAAUGAUCAACCACCCAGGGGUGGCAAUUCUAGAAGCAGAGACAAUUUUUGAACUGUCCUUAUGAGUGUAAAAUAUCUGUGACGUUGUGUUGCGAAUCAUACAGAUUAUGCAAUUUGUAAAUUUCGGUGACAGUUUCAUUCAUUCGUGUGUGUGUGUGUAAUCACGGUAAUACGGAUGUGUACUUAGCUGGUUACCAUUAAAAAUAUCGCGUCGACAAGACUGCGUUUCUUGAAAAUCCAUUGUGAAAAUACUCUCAUGGUAAAUCAAUGUUUGUUUGGUGUCGUUUAACCAUUUCAACGCAUCAAGCUCUAUGACCAGAAUAGGUAUUAAGAAGCCUUGAAACACUCGAUCUUACUAUCCUUGACUAUUGUCGAAUUUAUGUUCAACACUGUAUUUGUAAAAACCCGAAAUUUAAUGAAUUUUCGAUUUAUAUUUCACCUUCUGUCCAGAAGUUUUAAUGAUUCUCGCAUGGCAAAUCCGUUGCUUUUACAUGCUAUAGGUUGUUAUUAAUUAUUACUUGAUACUAUGACAUAACGUCAACAAUGCUUUACUGACGACAUUAUUAGUAAGUGAUACGUUUCUUCAAUCUAUUGUAUCGGGUGAUAACACAUUGGGUGUAACCAUUCCCAACACUUAUAUUUUCGAGAAACGAAAACUAUAAGUCUGUACCUCAAUAAUGAAAUUAACCAUAAUUUGGUCAAUUUUCAGAAUAUAAUCUGAAAAUAUUGUAAUAUAUUAUACAGUUAUACACAAUAAUUAUUCUGAUGUAUAAAAAAAAAAAAAUUGUUCACUAGCUGCCUUGUGAGGGAUGUCAUUUCAUUUGCGAUCCUUUGGGGUCGCUGCGAUAAAAUUAGACUCCAACUUAUCAUGAAAGUUUGAACAAGAGCAGUUUAAUUAUGAUUCAUUGAUAAUAAAAAAAAAAAACAAUAUUGACUAUGUUUA